AUGAGGCUUGGGCUGUGGAACUGGUUCAGCGUGGAGCUCGAGGCGAGCGAGUGCGCGGAACUCAAACAACUCUUGGUGGAUCGCACCACACUUGAGGGGAGCGAAUGUGAAGACUUUUGUCGCCUUCUGUGGAUGUGCCGUAUUAUCGCUGCGGAUCAGCGUGUAGUGUGGGAGCACCUCUCCGCCUCAUUCACGGACACAUUUAGACAUUCCGUAGACCAGUGGAACGAGCAGUUGGCUGUGAAGGUAUUGCGGGCACGGGUGGACAGCAUGGACGACGCAGAAGUUGCGUUACAGCUGCGCGAGAAGCUUGAGCGACAUCUCACCGCUGCACUAAAGCCGAUGACUGCAACCUUGCCUCGUGUGGAGCUGAGGGACGCUGCAAAGAGGGCGGGGGACUGCCCAUACAUGGUGGUUCCCGCGGCAGAGGGUGCAGAGGGUUCACUCGUAUGCAGCGCUCCGCUUCCUGCAUUUGGAGAACUUUUGCGCAUUCCACGCGAGCGCAUGUUCUUCGUGGAUACAGUCGUGAAGUACAGUGAGUUGGGGCGGGCUGUGCAGUCCUCCGCCGAGCUCUCCAGUAUGCUGAAUGGUGAGGAGCCGCUGCUUGUUCUCGCCCUUAUCUACGAGCGUCACGUGGCAGCGACAUCGCACUGGAGUGAACUCCUGGCGUCGUGCCCGAGCGUGUACCCCACUGUUCCGGGCUUCUGGGACUGGGACGACCUCGCUGAGCUGGAGGGCCUCGAUAUUCUGGACGAUGUUUUGGCCAAGCGUGCGCAGCUGGUACAGUUUCAUGAGGAAAUUAAGGCCGUCUUGCCCUUCAUUUAUGAGGCUCUCGAAGGACGUAGUGCACUUGAGAGGGAUGAAUUUUUGGGCUGCUUCACUGUUGAGACGGUGAUGUGGGCCCGUGCAACAUUUGACUCUCGCGCGUUUAACCUGAACAUUGACGGGCGCGUCGUGUUGGCGCUGGUGCCCGUGGCAGACAUGAUUAAUCACGGCAAUCGCUCCAAUGUGCUUGUGCGGAAGGUCGAGCCUGACGGGGGAGACUUUGUCAUGCAGGUCGGGGCGAGCUUGACUGCCGAGGACGUUGGGCUUGAACUGUGGAUGAGUUACGGUCCUUUGCAGAACUGGGAGCUUCUUCAGUUCUACGGCUUUGUGAUUGAAGACAACGAGCAUGAUAAGCUGCCCUUUCCGUUCAAUGUUCCCGAAAGCGACACUGCUGAUGUCUGGGAGGAGCGGAGAGCUUCGCUUGUGGCGAAGUAUGGACUGCAUCUUGUGGGGCGUUGCUGGAUUGGCUACGACGGCUGCCCUCCGGCUGCCCUCAUCGCACUUCUGCGCGUGCACCUGGCGGAGGCAGAGGAGUUUGAUAUGAUGGAGCGCAACAGCCCGUUUGCAAUGGUGGGCGCCGACACGGAGAGGCGGGUCGUUGACACUGUAUCCGAAACAAUCCACUGUAUUCUUGAACUUUCAGGUACGUCGCUGGAGGAGGAUGAGCGCUUGCUGGAGGCGGACGCACAAAUGGGGGUACACAAUGAGGACGCCGAGGACGCAGGUGCCCUUUCGAACAAUAGAAGACUCGGUAUUGUCCUCCGUUUGGGGCUCAAGCGCAUUGCCUACCGAACAUUGGAGUGGUGUGCGGCUGCUUUUGCUGCACUUGAGACGGAGAAUUCAUCUGGCGGUAGUGAUAAACACAACGAGUAA